UGUUUACAACACAAUGUGUCUGGAUGGCGGCCAAACCCGCGCAGGGCAUACUACGGAAGUGGAUGCCGACGGACUGUCCCGUUCAAGUCUAGUGUCCUUGGACAAGUGUUCAGUCAGUGAUGGCGCCCAGCUCGAAAUCAGAAAAGAAUGAUAGCAAACACAAACCACAAAGAAGACAUAAAGACCAUAUCGUAAAGCUUCUUGUUCGAGGGAAGAUCACAGGCCAGUUGUCUCAGCAUCUUUUUAGAAAUCUCCCACCUCGAGUGUGUGUCCCAUUAAAGAACAUUGUCAGCGAGGAGUUCCUGAGAGCAGGGCACAUCUUUCUCGGCUUCACCAAGUGCGGCCGCUACGUUCUGUCCUACACCAGGGACUGGGGAGAGGAUGAUGAUUUCUCUUUCUACACCUACUAUCUCUAUUGGUGGGAGUUCAAUCUGCACAGUCGACUCAAACAGGUCCAAUAUGUGCGACUGUUUGCAGGUGAGGAAAUCUACAAUGACCUUUACCUCACUGUGUGUGGGUGGCCAAAUGACCAAUCUAAAAUUGUCAUCUUUGGCUUCAACUCUCUCCUGAUGGCUGAGAACUACAGAGAUAUCUACAUUACCAUCGUCUCAAUGCCUUCUCCUAAGCCUUGCCCUGACUGCUGCAAACUACCCUCAACCCUAUCCAUACGCAAUGGCAGUGGAAAGUGUCUGGAGCACGGCUAUGUCCUCAACAGCAGGUACCAGGUGGUGUACCCGUUUCCCACUUUCCAGCAUGCUUUCCAGCUGAAAAAGGACCAGGUCAUCCUGUUAAAUACAAGCUACUCUCUGGUGGCUUGUGGCAUCUCUCUCUGCCAAGGGAAGCAGGGUGACUCUUCGCAGAUCCUCUACACAAAGAGAGCACCUUUGUCAUAUCAACCGUCCUCGUCUUCUUCCACUACCUCAUCUGCAGCUUCCUCACUGCCUCAUGGGGUAGAGCCUAGUGAGCCUGGAUAUGUCAACUACUCCCGUCUGCACUAUUGUCACCAACAGCCGUGUUCCGUAGAGCAGAAUACAGGAGCUGCAGCAGGCUAUGAAGAUGAUAAAGUACAGCUGCCUUUCACUGUGACAGAUCUUAAAGGACAGACCCUGCAGCUGGUCUGCGAGCCACACAAUGGACAGAGUGUGUGUGUGGAGCAGUUGACACUGGACUUUGAGUAUCUUAUUAAUGAGGUGAUCAGGAGAGAUGCUGCCUGGGCACCACAGUUCUGCUCUUUCAGUGACUACGAUGUGGUCAUAUUAGAGGUGUGUCCAGAGACCAACAUUGUCAUGAUCAGCAUCGGCCUGCUGCUACUUGCCCUCUCCGCAUCAGAUCAUUGCAGGUAUUGGCUAACGCUUGGCCUCUUGUUUCAAAUUGGAUUUUUAGCUCCUUUUUGUAACGAGUCUUCUUCUCUCAGGCCCAACACCUACCAUUCCAACCUGCAGGUCAGCUGGGACCUUAACACGGGUGUCUGUUGCACAGUGGGAGUUGGUGGCCUGACCGAGGUCAAAGGUCAGACCAGCGGGCGCGUGUGGAGUUCCUACAGGAAGUCCUGCGUGAACACGCUCAUGAAGUGGCUGGUGCCUGAGAGCGGCUCUCGCAACAUCAAUCGAAUGACCAACGAAGGGCUACACAAAGGAUCAUCUCUUCAGGUGUUGGCUGACAGCGACAGAUGCACUUGGAUUGUUUUGUGAUAACGUCACAAAACACAACUGAUACGGAAUGAGAAUUCAAGGAUAUGCUCCAUCCUGAAGUAAAAUGGGCUGAACUGCACUGUGAUGACAUGUACACACAUCCAAACUGAACUGGAAGUGGUAUAUAACUUUGUACAUAUUUUCAUUUGACACAUUUCAUUAUUUGUAUUUGAGUAAUGUUUACUUUGUUGUAAGUACAAAAUGGACUGAACAAAAAUUCUUAUUAAGAUUUCUUUUUUUUUUUUUUUAUACGUAAGAGCGUACGUGGAAUGUUUUGUCUACUAUUGAGUACACGUGGUAACUGCACCUGUCAGUUUGUUGGGUACAAUGUGACCGAUUAUUGCGGCUUGUGAAUGACUUGUUUCCUCAUGGCGGAACCGGAUAGGCCCCCCACUGUGUUGACCUAAAGCUGCAGUAUUUCUCAAAAUAUGACAAAGUGAACCCACGUGACUCUAAUAUCUGUGUGAACUUGUUAGUUGAUGUCACACUGUAUGUUACUGGCAAGGAAGGAAGACUCGUAAGAUAUUUUGCCAAAAUAAAACAUAAACAAUAUUUGCUGUGAAUGUG